UCGUAUCAUUAGUGAUAAUAUCUUGCUAGCCUCUGAGUUAGUUAAGGAUUAUCAUAAAGUAUCCAUAACCUCGCGUUGUGUAGUAAAGAUUGAUCUAAUGAAGGAAUUUGAUUCAGUCGAUUGGAGGUUUUUGUUCCGAGUCAUGAAUGCCAUGGGAAACCCAGAUUUCUAUAUUGAGCUAGUGCGUACCUGUGUUACAUCACCUAAUUUUAGAGUGGGCUGUUUCGUGCGGGGAAGGGAUUAAGACAAGGGGAUCCUCUGUCCCCUUAUCUUUUUACUAUCGCUAUGAAAGUCUUCUCAUGCUUGUUACACAAAGAAGCUAUUGAGAAUCAAGUGCCUUAUCACCCUACGUGUAAGAAACUGGGUAUUACUCAUCUUUGCUUUGCAUAUGACUUGCUUGUCUUUUCUAAUGGUUCUGUGAGGGCAGUUGCUGGAAUACGCAAAGUGUUGGAUGAUUUUUGUAGGAGCUCGGGGCUUAAAUGUAACCCAGAGAAGAGUAAGCUCUUCUGUGCAGGGAUCCCUGCUGUAGAAAAGGACUUUAUCUCGUCCUGUACAUGGUUCCCACUUGACUCUCUUCCUGUUCGUUAUCUGGGAGUCCCACUGAUCUCGGGGAAGUUAGGCAGGGUUAAUUGUCAGGUGUUGGUUGAUCGAAUUACUGCACGCAUUAGAGGGUGACAUGCUAAAACUCUUAGCUAUGCGGGUAGAAUUCAAUUGAUCUCUUUUGUUAUCUCCAGCGCUUUGCAGUUUUGGAUGAAUGUGUUUACCUUACCAGCAACUAUAUUGGAGGAUAUUGAGAAGAUUUGUAAUAAUUUCUUAUGGGGUGUGGGGGGAGGGAGUGCAAGGCAUAAAACGACAGCUGCCUGGUCAUUUGCAGUAUUAAUGAAGUCUGAAGUGGGUUUGGGGAUUAAGUAUUUUGGUAUGUGGAAAAUAAAGAAUGUGUUAAAAGGCACCUGUGGUCAAUAUUAGCAAGUAGUAAUUUUAUCUAGGUCGCAUGGAUCAAACUGUAUCGCCUCAAGUCCAAUACUAUUUGGGAAGAUUCUGCUACCUCUGUGGGAUCUUGGAUCUGGAAGCAUAUAUUGAAACUGAGAACUACUGCUAGUCGAUUUAUCACAGGUGCAAGCGCCUCCCUCCUUUGGGAUGGUAGUCCCAUGUCUCGUUACUCUAUAAAACGAGUGUGGUUGGGUAUUAGGGGACCCUUUCUACAUAUUUUCUGGGCUGAGUUGGUUUGGGAUAAGCCCUCCAUUCCUAAGUAUAGUGUUUUGACUUGGAUUAUUGUUCGUAACAAAAUUACUGCAGCUGGCAAGCUUCUGUUGUGGGUUAAGAUUACUUCUGGGUGUUGCGUUCUUUGCCUAGGGGGUGUUGAGAGCAGGUUCCAUCUGUUUUGUCAGUGUUCCUUCUUUCUCGACGUAAUGCAGGUUCUCUUCCCUGUUCGCAUCCCUUGGUUCAGCCAUUGGGAUUCCCAUCUUGCUUGUGCGUCAAGAAUGUGGCAGGGAGGUUCACAUUAUGUUCGUAUUGGUAGGCUCUUAUGGAGGUUGGUCAUUGGACAUGUGUGGAAGGAACACUGCCACCGCUGGUAUGGUGAUGGUGGAAUCUCUAAUUCCAGGCAGCUGGUUACAAUAAUUCGAUCUAAAGUUGAUUGCUUAAUUACAAAGAGACCGCAGGUUGCUCCGGUUUUGGAUAGAUUUUUCGUACAAAGUAUAGUCACUUAUAGAUGAAUCUUGAGCAAUAUUCUCAUAGUUUGUAAUAGAGUACUUUUGAGAGGACCCCUCGCAUUUGGGGUGUCUUGCAUUGAUGAUAAAAAUUUUAUUCUCGUAAAAAAGAAAAAAUAAGCGAGUCAAACUACAAGCUAGCAAAUCAUCAUAUAUAUAUGUGGUGGCGUUUUCGGUGCACUCACUUUUUUGGGUGCAUUCAGUGCAGUCGCUUCAUAGCCGUCAUUUGAAACAUGCGAUUUAUGUCAAAAUGAUGUCAAUGAUCACUUAUGACGUGAUGAACAAUAACACACAUGAAUUUGCACAGAAACCAUUGAAGAUUUACUUUAAUUUGAAGGAUUUAGGGUUUAGAGAUUUAUGGUUAGGGUUAGGGUUUAAACUUUGGGGUUUAGAGAUAGAACUCAAAAUUGGAGGUCUAGGGCUUAGGGUAAUCCGCUAAUUAGUUGUUAUGAUAUGUUAUAUCAUCAUAUUACACUAAUUCUACAAAUUAAAAUUUAAAAUCCGACACCUUGAGAAUAGUUUUUAGUUGGGUGCAUUGAACGCACUCAUUUUUCUGAGUGCACCGAAGUAGUCACCUUUGAAUAGCGCAAGAUUCUAACUCUGCAUAAUAUCAUAAUACUAGCCCAACAAGAUACUAAGGGAGGGGCCUUAAUCAAUUGAUUGUUAGAGUUGUGAUUGUUAGAGUUGUGUUUAUUGAAUACAUGCAUUGUGCACAAUACAAUGUUUGGAAGUGCCAAAGUGUAAAACAAUGCAUGUAUUGUUUUAGGUAGGUCCCACCAACAAUCACAAAAAAUCAUGCAUUAUACAAUCUCAACUAAAAGUUGAGAUUGUUGUGAUUGUUGAUUUUAGAUUUGUGUCCAUUUUUUCUUUCCAUUUAUAUCCCUAUUAGUUUUUGUCUUAUACUAAAAAUUGAGGAUAAAUGUGACAUUUUUCCAUAAAGUAACUUUAUGCAAGUCAAUACAUAAAGUAGAAUUUCAACAACCAAACAAUGUAUUAUUGCAAUGCAUCCAUUGUACCAAUACAUGUAUUUAUUUUGUUGUGAUCCAUUACAAUUCAACGAUUUAACAUUCGCAACUUCCAAACGACCCCUAAGUAAUCUAUAUUCCAUUUCAAUUGAAUAUAAUGGUUUCAAUGAAUUUAUUUAAGUUGCGGGUAGAAUAAUAGUUACAAUAUUAUUAUUUUGGUUUUUUUUUAUGGUUUUUUUUACUCUCUUUAAAGAUUAUCUUCCCGAUUUGGCACAUUUUAGUUUAACAGAGAAAGAAUAAAUUUUAUAGAGAGAAGAAGUCUAGAGAGAGAAAAUUUUCAUAGAGUAAAACAAUAUGGUUUGUAACGUAAGUCAUAUAGUUUGUUAUGUAAGUCCUAUCCAUUUUUCUGUUAGUAGUUUGUAAUGUAAAUUAGUUUGCUUUGUAAUAAAAGUCAUAUUCAUUUGUACUGAAAAUAGUCAUAAUUUAUAAUCACAAAAAUUAUGGUUUGUAAUGUAAAUCAGUUUGGCCUAUAAUGUAAAUCUUAGGAAUUUGUACUGUAAGUAGUUUGCCAUGUAAAUUAGUUUGGUUUGUCAUAAAAAAAAGAGAAAGAAUAAGUAGUUUCAUAGAGAGAGCAUAAUAAGUUUCGUAGAGAGAGAAGCAAUGUAGAGAAAGGAAUAUAUAAUUUGUGAUGCAAGUAUUCCAAGUUUGUCUUGUAAAGAGUGUGGUAUUUUAUACUGUUUGUAUGGUUUGAUAUGAUGUGAAUUUGAUCGGUAUAUUUUGAAAUAUUAAUUUGUAUAAUUUUAUAAUAUGGCGCUUAUAUUUUGUAUCAUUGGGUUGUAUACUUCGUAAUAUGAUUUGUAUAGUUUAUACUAUUAGUUUUUAUAUACUCGUAUGAUCUGGUUUGUAUACAAUCACUCUGACUUGUAUACUUAUGAUGUGGUUUGUAUAUCUUAUAAUAUAAACUUUUAUAAUUUUAUGAUAUAACUGGCAUACUUUCACAAUCUUGUUUGUAUACUUAAAUUAUUGGUUUCACAAUCUUGUUUGUAUACUUAAAUUAUUGGUUUGUAUAUUUUUUUCUUAUGGUUUGUAUAUUUUGUAAAAUUAAUUUUUAAAAUUUUAGUAUAUGAUUUCAAACUUUGUAGUAUUGGUUUGUAUAAUUUUGGAUAUUUUUCUGAUCUGGUUUAUAUACCUUGCAAUAUAUGUUUGUAUAUCUAGUCUAGUCUAGACUACUUAUAAUCUACACAUAAUAUAAUACACCGAAGAAAAAAACGGGAGCCCCAUUUCAAAUUUCCUGCAACGAGAGUGAAAGUAGGAAGGACAUUUUGGUCUUCACAAUUACUUUUUUUUAUUCAUUAAAAAGACACAUACUGAGAUUCGAACCAUGUCCAUUUUAAAGAAAAGCAAGGAACAUAACCAAUCACACUAAGUACAUUUGUUGUAUCUUUUUAAAUCAAAAACAUAUAAUAGCAGGGAGAAAAAACCCCUUCCCCCAUUUCAAAUUCCCUGCUCCAUGAGCGUUUGUAGGAAGGGUAGAAUAGGUAGUGUUAAUUUUUUUCUCUUUCCUCUGUGGAACGGGCCAACUUACCGUACACAUGCGGAUUUAAACGGGUUCAGGAGUGUCAAUUUUUUUCAUUAAGCCCUUGUAUUUCUCCGUGGUGAUAAAAUAUAUAUGAAAAAGCAAAAACAAUACUUCUUUUUAUACUAAAAAUAAAAAAAAUUUAACAAUAAACUAAUACAUGGUAUCUAAUGGGCUAACCGCUAACCAUAAAAUAAAAGAGUAGAAUUGGCCUGACCUACACCAGAUUUGGCCAUCAAGUAAAACAAAUGAACAUCAUUGGUUUGACAUUCUAAAACAAGCUAUUUUCUCUAGCAUAAUAUAUAUUAUUAUAUUAUUUUAUAUCUUAGUGGCUAAAAUAUAAUGUAGUUUAAAGUUAUCAAUGGUUCAACCUCGACCAACCCAAUUAGUCCAAUUUUUAUCAUUUCAAAUAUAUAUUAUAUAAUUAUUUGAUAUCAUAAUGAUAAAAUUAUAGUGUAUUUUAUAGGGAAUCGCUUGGUAUUUGUUAGUAAAAAACUAAACAGAAAGAUCUAUUUGGUUAUUUUAAACAUUAAAAUGAUCCUAAACAUUUUCAGUUUCUUUUGAAUUUCUAUAGUUUUAUUCCCGAAUAAGUGAUGUGCAAAUGGCGAAUUGCAGUCAUCUAUUUUCUUUCACUAUUUUUUAUUUUCAAAUAGAAAGUUUAAAAGUAACGAAUAAUUAGAAUUUUGCAUGGUUCGGUCAAACAGGCUGAAUUUUGAGUUUUGGCCUAUUUUGAUCAAGUCUAAUUUAUAAUCACAUGGUUCCCUGAUACCCGAUAAAAAUCUCAAUCCAAACCAGUUUGGCAUGUGAGUCCGUGUUUACCACCAUUCUCUAGGAAUACGACAACGGCGGUUCCUAUCCCAAAUCGUGUUGUUCGUUCUUGAUUUCCUUAGAUUUUAUCAUGGCCUGACAAAAACCAGAAAGCACAAUGACGACAAGAUGAAAGUUUUAUAAAUCAAAUUAAUGGUGUUCUCUUUCUGAUCUCAUGUAAUUAUAUAAUGAAGUUGAAGUUUUUCGAUGCUAUUCAAUUUCAUUGGUAUGUUUUUAAUGGUCUAACUUCAUGGUUGUACCAACUUUUCCUCCGACCAACGGGUCGGGUUACAAGCUAGUACAUUUUAAAGAGUUUGAUUUGCUCAAUUUCAAAUUUCCUGCAACGAGUGUGAAAGUAGGAAGGGUAUUUUUGUCUACACAUUCAAAUUUUAUUUCAUAUAAAAAGAUAUCAAUGCUAGGAUUUGAACCAUUGUCUCUUCCACCAAAGACAAGAAUUGUAACCAAUUAGACUAGACAUAGUUGUUGUACUUUAUUAAUACAAAAAUUACUUGCUUUCUCUUAGAGAGUUUAAUGUAGCACUCUCAUGCCUAGCUAUGCUCUAAGCAUUUGUUUUCUUUUUCACAAUAUCAUUUGCAGUUAUUUAUUAAAUCAACUUUGUUUCUAACUUUCAAUUCCUAAUUAUUCACUUCUUACCAACUUAUGGGAAUGCUAAAUAUAUUUUUCAUGUCUAAUCUAUUAAACAUAAAUGUUGCUUAUCACUUAAGUUCAAUGGUAUCCAUGUUAGGUUUGAUGUCACCAACAUAUUCUCUCAAUUUCUCCAAAAAGCAUAAUAUCUUGCGAUUGAUAUCAUAGUUUCGUUAGGUAAAGAUCAACAAACUCAAUCAAUAUUCAAACUCUUCGAAAUAGCUAUCUACAUGCGAAUAUGAAGUACUGAGCAGCUAAAACUCUACUUGAGUUAGUACAAUCUUUUGCGCUAUCGAUUCAAAAUUCAAUACAUGAUUAUCUUAUUAUAAUUUAGUCAUACUAAUUGUGCAGUAGGGGACAUCUUAUCAAAAUCUUAAAGAAAGACUCUUUGAUUGAUCGCUUUCAUGAUGUAAUCAAUUAUAGCAAAAUAGAAGUGAUCAAAUUUAUAAGAUGCACACAAAGUUUUCUUUAAUUAUUGAAGUUCAGCAGCACGUUAGGAGUACGACGGUCAUUGGGCAUUUCUCUAUCUCCUAGCUCGCCUAGACAUGCUUAGACAUUAUAAUAAAAAUAGCAAUUUUAAUAAUAAUGAAUAAAAUAACGAUUCUAAAACAUUUUCAUACUACGAAAUAACUCUCAAGUUUAUAGAUUGUUUUCUUUUACCAAAUGAUAUAAUUAAUUAAUUCAUGAGCUGAAAUAGCUAAUUAUAAACAUUUCAAAUUUAAGUUAAAAACUCUAUAUGAUGCAAUUGCUUGACGAAAUGGCUUUUAUAAUAGAGUGGUUCUAUCGAGAGAGGUCUCUAAGAAACAUGGCUUACUUUAUUAUUCCUUAGGUGGAUAUAAUAUCUAUCUUCAUCGUUACUUUUACAUUGGAUUCAAUUUAGUAUACUUUUUCAUUUAGAUAGAUUUUUUUAUGAUGUUCUAGGAUAUAAUAUAUCAUUAUAUAUGAUGGUGUAGGAUAUUAAAUCCUCUCAUUUUAGGUUCAAAUUGAUGCAUUUUCCCAUUUUCCAUUCCCUUUUAUUGGUUAAUAAUUUUUAUGAUAUUUUUCACUUUAAAAUAUCGUGAGCGGAAUCAUUACACAACAAUUUGUGUUUUUUCGCUUUCUCUUCUCUUGGUUAGAUAUUGUGUCCAUAUUGAUUCCUAUAUUGAUUAUCGAAUUACUACUUUUAUGUUCUUUUUUCUGAUGCAAGAUAUGAUUUUAUGUUUGAUAAUAUAUAUUUAUUUUUCAAGCAUGUGGAUGCUUGAGACUUUUCAUUUGCCUCAUAACUUACAUUUGACAAUGGCUCCAAACUUGGAUGGGUUUCUAUUCAGCACAUAAAUUUUUAAUGAUGUAAAAUUUAUGAAACUAAGAUGCAUAUUAAUAAACAAUGUAAGGUCUC